UUUGAUCCGGAGUUGCGUUGCGAUGCGAGCGGUAGCGGGAGGCCGCGGCUUCCUCCUCCACCCGCGCCCGCCAUGGCGAGCUCACGCGUCCUCUCCUCCUCCUCCUGCCGCCACCGCCACCGCGCUCGCGAGGAGGCUCCACCGCAGGCGGCUCCGUGAAGGCAUUUUGUCGACUCUGGAACAAGGUGUUUCUACAGUACAUUUGUGCCGUUGGGUUCACUCUGCAACACGUGGUGUUACAUUAGAUGACAGAUCACAGCCAGAAUCCGUGAAUGGAGCAACGUCCGACCUUGUUCAAAAGCAAGAGAAGGUAGGUGCAUUUCAGAGAAUACCAAUGGUGAUGCCAGCAACUGACAUACUUAUGUCAGCACAAAGAAAAUCAAGAAAUAUACCACCUACAAAGGGUAUAGCAAAUAUUGCUAAACGUGAAAGGAACAAAGGUGCAAAACAACUUGAUGCUUUAAUGAAAGAAAUUUCCGUACCUCUGAGGACGUAUACAGAAAACUUCCCUAAGAGGAGGGAUUUGCAUCCCUAUGAGAGAUCUCUCAUUGAGUUGACUUUUGGGGAGGGAUAUUACGAAAAGGUUAUAGGACGAGUGGAUGCUCUCAGAAAAAAGAUUAAUUCUGUCGGGAAGCAACAUGCUUCUGUCUGUUCUAAGUCAUUAACGAAGCGUGAAGCAGAGGAGCGACUUAGCGAGGGACGGAAGAAACUUGAGGAAGCUUUCGAGCAUGGGAAGUGGGUAAUUGAUGAUUUAGUAAACAUUGCAAAGACUUUGCGUUCUAUGCCAGUUGUUGAUCCACAUAUACCUACACUUUGUCUUGUUGGAUCACCUAACGUGGGGAAAUCAUCAUUAGUUCGCAUUUUAUCAUCUGGGAAACCUGAGGUCUGCAGCUACCCUUUCACAACAAGAGGUAUUCUAAUGGGACAUAUUGUAUCCAAUCAUGAACGUUUUCAGGUUACUGAUACCCCAGGGCUUCUUACAAGAGAUGAUGAUGAGAGGAAUAACAUCGAGAGAUUGACCCUCGCUGUCCUUUCUCAUCUACCGAUUGCUGUCCUGUAUGUUCAUGAUUUAUCUGAAGACUGUGGGACCUCAGUGGCUGAUCAGUACAUCACAUACAAGCAUAUAAAGGAAAGAUUCGGCGACCGCUUAUGGCUUGAUGUUAUAUCCAAAUCUGAUCUUUUGGGCAAUAACAUGUCAUCGGAAUCUGACGAUUCUGAUGAUGAGAUAGGGAGGUACAGACGAUUCGGGCCAGAAGGUGCCAUCCGAGUAUCUGUGCAGGGCCAAGUUGGAGUAAAAGAGCUAAAAGAAAAGGUGCAUCAGCUACUUACUUCUCAGAUGGCUCGGAUCAAAGUUGACACGAUUAACAAUGAAAUCCAGAGAACUGAUGAUAAUGUUCCUCAAUAAACUUAGACAAUGGAAAGAUUUUGUGCAUGGUUAAGCAUCUCCAAGCGAAUGUCAGUACUCAAUUCCUUGAA